AUGGCAGAAAAGGAAUCGCCCUAUGACGAGUUCUCAGGGCUUACGUUCAUCGAAGAGCUACUCCGUGACGGUGACGAAGACCUGGGACACAGCUGGCCAUCGAGUAGAGGGUCUCCUUUCACAAGUACGGACAUUGGUCAUGACAACGGGUCUCCAGAAGGUGCCGGCAACGCGAAGAACGGUGUUUCCGUCGGCUCAACGAUGUGCCGGGUGUGGUCACAGGGGUGUUCUUGCGGGGACCCCAGGGAUUGCAGCUUGACAGACAUCCUGCAAGAGGACGGCAGUCAGAUCAGCGUGGCUACCGGAGGAAAGUUUCCGUGCCUCCACAUCGCCAUUAGUGGGCUGCUGCAGGACUGGAGGUACCUGCUAGCAUUGGACUUCUGCGAGAUGUUCACUGACAAGAACCAGAGGUUUCUAACAUAUACUGAGCCGUAUUACAUGCCACGUCCGAACCACCUGGAGGGCCGGGACUGGAUGAAGAGAGUCCAUUAUUUUAAUCUCACGUCAAUAGUCAACGGUGGACUUCAAAAGAGCGGGAUGACUCUGACAUCCAACUGCGAGUACCUGCCUACGCUGAGGAUCAUGGCAUCUGGACAUGGCGCAGCACUCUCUAGUUCUCCCGUCGUUCGCUUCGCUCUGAAGAAAAGCGAGCUCCUGGCGGUUUCUCUCAAGAGCGCAUAUCUUGUGCAUUUCUGGGUGAAACCAUGA